GUGGGGGGUGGGUGCUCUUUCCUUCUGGAUCUGUUUUCACCUCCAUCUCCGGCUGUGACUUCAUCGCUCCGCUGCCCUUGCUUCGGCGCCGUCGCUGGGAGGAUCAGCUGCUGGAGUCUGGGAUGGAGAAGGAGCAGGGAGGCAGGGAGAUGGAGCACAGGGAGCGCGCCGAUCCGCUCUCCGAGGCUGAGAGGGCGAUGAUCCUGGAUACCUGGGCGCGGGUUUACGAGAACAGCGAGGACGUGGGGGUGUCCAUCCUCAUCAGGUUCUUUGUGAACUUCCCCUCAGCCAAGCAGUACUUCAGCCAGUUCCGCGAAAUGGAGGACCCAGAGGAGAUGGAGCGGAGCUCGCAGCUGCGGAAACACGCCGGGCGGGUCAUGAACGCCAUCAACACGGUCCUGGAGAACCUCCACGACCCGGACAAAGUCUCCUCGGUCCUGGGCCUGGUGGGCAAAGCACAUGCCCUCAAACACAAAGUGGAGCCCAUGUACUUCAAGAUCCUCAGUGGGGUGAUCCUGGAGGUGCUGACUGAAGACUACCCUGACUGUUUCACGCCGGAGGUGCAGCGAGCCUGGUCCAAGCUGAUGGGCGUGCUGUACUGGCAUGUCACAGGGGCCUAUGCCGAAGUGGGCUGGGUUCAGCUGUCCAGCUCCGCCGUGUGAGCACUCACACUUUUACUAGGAGGGAAAUUUGGCAUCUCACAGCGACCCCCCUGUUGCAGGGCAGCCUGGGGUAGGGGGAGUGGGAGGAGGGGGGGGUUAGGAACCAGGGAGAGCCGCUGCUUUUUCACAUUUUUAGAAUCUCUACCAUGUUCUGUCCCCCCUACCCACUUUCGGGGAGCUUUCCUUGUACUCACUGAAACAUCAUGCGUGAAAUCUGCGUAUCGUCUGUGCUGUAUACAGUGAGUGUGUGUUUAAGUAUGCCCUCCUUCACAAUGCAGAGCCAGCAGCCGGAGCCCUGGACAUUAGAGAAAAUCCAGCUCUAAGGACUGCGCUCACACUGCCGCUCUCUGACACACGUGCACCCGCCACACCAACCUGCACACGGCUUUCCACUCUCUUUCUCAUUCGCACAGUCAAUGAACGCGUGCCCACAUGCAUACACGUGCACAUACACACACACACGUACACACGAACACAUACAUGCACAUGCAGACACACACACACACAUACACACACACAUACAUAUACACACAUGCACUCACACACACGUAGACACACAUACACACACACACACACGUACACACGAACACAUACACACACAUGCAGACACACACACGCAUACACGUGCACAUACCACACACACGUACAUAUACACACAUGCACUCACACACGUAGACACACAUACACACACAUGCAGACACACACACACAUACACGUGCACAUACACACACACGUACAUAUACACACAUGCACUCACACACACGUAGACACACAUACACACACACACAUGCACAUACAAAUACAAACACACACAUACAAAGCCAUUGGUAAAAAAUAAUGACAGGGACAAUAACAGUGAUGAAGAGGCAGGCUGGAGUAUAAUAUGACGGCACAGUUUUGCUGUGAUUGUGAAUUGUCUCACAUGAUUGAUGUGCUUCUCCAAUGUUAACCCACUGCCCAUAAUGAUUUUUACAUUUUUACAAUUCACACAAGCAGAAAUUGGGCCUCACGUAUCAUCAUUCACUCAACAUAUGUCUCUCAGAAUGUCUCUGUUCUGCAUUAUAAAUCCAUCUACUUUUUACAAAACGCGUCUAAUUAUGUCUACAAAUACACUUUGUAAAUCAAUUCAAAUUCAUUAAAAGGAAGAUGCCACUCGGGGCCUUCUAAUUAUCAAUUUAAUAACGUAACAGCGUUUAAUAACAGCAAAAAAAAUCUUUGACAAAUUGUUUUAACACGGUGAUUCAUGUACAAAAGAAAUUAAUUACCCAAAUGAAAACGGACCCUGCUGUCGCGAGAAAGCUGGGAUUAUCCUGCGUGUUUAGUCAUUGUUUUAACACGGAGGUUCCCUCCACCGAGCUCGUGUUUAGUCAUAGUUUUUACAGCAAGCUCCACGGAGCUGCUCCUGCCUCCCUGGCCAACUCGUCUCCUCUCUGUCACUUAGCCCUAACGAGCAGGUAAUGAGUCCCAGCGGCCGUCCAUCAACAUCUGCCUCCCAGGAAGCACAUUGUCUCCAGCGCUCCACUAUUAAUGAGAGAGCAGGGGGAAAUUGGACAUGAUUUGUGCCUCUUGCUCUGCCAUUUUGCCAGGCAAUAAAUACAAUUUCAAAUGCCAAGGCUAACGGGUUUCUUCGACCGAACAUACAGUAUAUCCACACGCGCGCCUUUCUCUCUCUCGCUCGCUCGCUCGCUCGCUCAAUCAGACGCCAUGGCAAACUGCAACCCCGACUCGAGAGCGGUGAAAAAUAAGCUCAGUUGGGUGUAGAAAGAACGAAAAGGAGAUGGGCACUUUUAACUUUGACUGUUGUUUACAAAUCCACCCCUUGUCCAAAACCAGCCAUGCGUCAUGUGAGCCAGCCCCUUGUGUCGAGGCUCCUCUUAGUCAUCCUCUUUAUACAGCACCCAGUGAAAGGAUGUUUGUACUCCAUGCUGACUUUUUGACAACUUGUUUAUGAAGUACUGCAAUGGAAGAUCAAUACUCACAAAAUGGCAUUGUACUGUUCUCUCUUUAGCUGGGUGAGUCCUCUUCUUCCGAGGCCUCAGUAUAUGUCCCGUAAAAAAAAAAGGUGUAUCCACGUGUGAGCUUCACCUACCUGCUGACAGGAACAACACAAUCACACACAUGUACACGCACACAAACACGCACACACUUACACAAACAAGCACAAACUACGCACCCACUCUCCAAAUCACGCCUCAUAGUUCGGUUUCUGGGGAAAUAAUAUUGUAUCCUGUGGCUGAAAGGGAAAAUGAAAUUAAAUGAAAUGAAAAGCACAAAGGCAUAGAGAAUGGAUUUGUAUAACAGGUAUAGCCAAAGAACCUACACCUUAGGGAGGUAAUCCAGGAAGAGUGAGCUCUGCCUCUUGGUAUAGAGUGAAUUUUUGGGAAUGUUUUUCUGGUGUAAGAUAUUGACUGGGCUCUUAUCAUUCUGAGCGAGCACACCUGUGACUACCUAGGCUCUCUCACACAGUCAUGUGCCUGUUGUACCUCCACAUCUGCCCACUGCUUGGUCACUCUGAAAACCCAAUACAGCUGAAAACAGGCUGCGCUUCCCGUAAAACACGCUCCGGGCAGAGGCGGGGGCAGAAGCAUCUCUAAUUCCCCUCUGCCAUUUGUUGAUUAAUUAGCUGCCGACAGCACAGCGUUUCAUAAUUUGUGAUCGGGAUGAGAUUGUAGGCGAGAGGUUGUUCAUAAUGAUCCCCAUAAAUUGUUUCUCUGUAGUAAUUUGACAUUUUCACUUGUCAUGAUUUUGUUCUCUCAAGCCAGGCGCACAUACACUUUCUGUCAUUUUCUGUCAGCAGAAGAGGUAGAUGUAAAUUAUUCUUAUUAAGCCUUAUUUGCGAGUUAUUGUUGUGACUUGUCUUGUCAGUUCAAAGCUUGGACUUUAUAUUUUUCUAAAUAUACAAAUAUACAGUCUAUCUAUAUAUAAUUAUAUAAAGGAAUCUAUGGUACAUAAAUAAUGCAUACUUUGCUGAUUGGGGAUGGAGGUAGUUUUGUGCUGUCUUAGCAUGUUUGCACAGUUUGAUUCAGACUUGUACCUUAGCAGAACUGAUGGAAUGAAAAUAUGACUGUCAAUAAAGUGAUUAUCUACCGUA